GAAUCAGCUGAGAUCUACAAUUCAGACCAGCGCAGCUGUUUAUCACGGAUCAACAUCAAAUAUAAAAUGGCCCAGGGAAGUUCAGAAACCUCGAAUCAAACCAACAGAGGAAGAGAGGCACAUGAUCCAACUAUAAUGGACUUGGGAAGUUUAGAAACCUCGGAUCAAACUGAAAGAGCAAGACAGGCCCCUGAUUCAAGAUACGCUGCUGAAAUCGAAGAACUGAGAAAGAAGGUCGUUACUUUACUACAAUGCGUGUCAAUACAGGAAGAAGCAGGAAACUAUUGGAGGGACCUUGGAGCAGUUCUUGAAAUACCAGAAAGCGAGAUUCGCAAUAUAGAAACAGAUCAUCAACGCGCAAGAGAUAGAGGAUUUGCCGUACUUCAAUCAUGGAGGGAUAGGAAAGGGUGUGACGCAACUGUGGGAUGUCUUUUCGACGCCUUUAAAGAUAUUGGUAAAAAAUGGAGUGCAGAAAAAUUGUUGGAGGUAUGUCGAGCCAAGCGGUAGGACAAUCCCUGUGUGCUGUGCGAAAGAAGCAACGAAGUGAAGAGCUCAAAGGAGUCGAAGAAAGAAAUGUUACUAUGAAUAAAAAUCUGAUGAAUAUAACAGUUGUUUAAAAAAAAGACUUGGCAAUGCCCUAGUUUGGGCGGGUUUAUAUUAUUAU